CCUCCAUGGGUUCAUUUACCAUGAAUUUAAACCGUGCAAAAGACUGAAACAAGUGUUGAUACCCCACCAGUCCCCCAUCAUCAAUUACGAGAGUGUAACAGUGGUGUUAAAAAAAUCAAGAUCAAAUCCCAAAUCACCAAUGAUUCCCCCCCGCGCUAAUCUUCCCGACUGGUGAUGGUGAUGAUGGUCUCCGAGGAAAUUCAGUGAGUGAGAGAGCAUGACAAAAAUCAAUAGUGCCAGCUGUGAUAUAAAUUUCAUGUAGACCUUCGCCAAAAAUUGUUCACCAGCCCUGCAGCUAAUGUACUCCAACGUGACAGCUUUAUUCAUGUACAAAUCCGACCCUUUGAGUCGCUAUUUCCGGGGAAAUAAUCCCUCAUCUCGCUGUUAACCUCAGCACAAGUCAUUCCCAAGAAAAUCCCGCCCUGAAGAUCGCCACCAGGUGCAUAGAACUGAUGAUUCUCCUCCCUUUGAGCCCAUGAGAUCAUUCCAAUCGACGUAGAAGUGAGGGGAGAGGACACAGGGACGAUGAGAAUCCCAGAACCCUGGCACUGGGCACCUGGACACCGCACAAUCUCCAGGAGCAAAUAGUCCAGACGACAAUUCCACCGAAUCGUUAAUAAUUCCAACAAAAUGACCGAGAUGUUCGGCUCCCCCAGGGAGGCAGUGCGGGUCAAAGUGAAGAAAUGCGAGACCAGGCACCAGCCGGAGUACAGGAAGUUCAGUGUUGAUCCACAGAUAACUUCUAUUGAAGUACUGCAGAGCAUACUGAUCAAGGCAUUUGAUAUUAAAGGGGAGUUCACAGUGUCGUACAGAGCUAUAGACGACUAUGGAUCAGAGACUUAUCUUUUUUUAUUGUCAGACUGGGACCUGGAUGCUGCAUUUAUAAGUGCGUCGGAGCCCUACCUGUACCUCCAAGUGAACCUGAAGCCGUUCGGCGAGUCGGGGGACUGCGACUGCGACUGGGAUGACCACCAGUCGACGCAGGAGCCAUCGCGCCAGCAAGACUCGGGCUUCCCCUCCAAAGCCCCCAAACUCCCGAACUUAAUAAUGAACAAAAUGGAGCGAACCCUGAGCCUGGUGCAGCGCGCCCUGGGUAACCUGAGCGACGACCCCCACCAGACCCUGCAGGCGUCCCCCCCAGUGCAGCCCCCACUGGGCCCUCCCCUGACAGACGAGGAAUUCCGCAAAUUCCUGGACCCAAUCGGCCAGGUGAUGAGCUCAAAAGACCUGCGAGCGGUGAUCUACUUCGGUGGCAUCGAGCCGAGCCUCCGCAAGGUCGUCUGGAAGCACAUCCUGAACGUCUACCCCGAGGGCAUGUCAGGUCGCCAGAGAAUGGACUACAUGAAGCGAAAGUCGCAGGAGUACCUGAGCCUCAGGGAGAAGUGGAGAUGUCUCGUCCAGAAGGGCCAGAACAUCGGUGACUUGAGUUACGUCACGAGCAUGGUGAGAAAGGACGUCCUGAGAACAGACAGACACCACAAGUUCUACGGUGGCUCUGACGACAACCAGAACACAGCGAGCCUCUUCAACAUCCUGACGACGUACGCCCUGAACCACCCGAGUGUCUCCUACUGCCAGGGGAUGAGCGACCUGGCAUCCCCCCUACUGAUCACCAUGAGGGACGAGGGGCAGGCCUACAUCUGCCUGUGCGCCCUCAUGCGACGACUCAAGGACAACUUCAUGCUGGACGGCAUAGCCAUGACCACCAAGUUCACGCAUCUGGCGGAGGGCCUCCAGCACUUCGAUCCCGACUUCUACGCUUACCUGAAGAGCCAUCAGGCUGACGAUCUGCUGUUCUGCUAUCGCUGGCUCCUGCUGGAGAUGAAGAGGGAGUUCGCCCUGGAGGACGCCCUGGGCAUGCUGGAGGUCCUCUGGGCAGCUCUGCCUGCUGCUCCACCCAAGGGCGAACUCAGUCUUGCUGAGGUGGUCUUCCCACCACCGUCACCACCGGUUUCCCCCCACAUCAAGCAUCUGAGGGAGAAUGCUUACACGAAAGUCUGUGCCAUCAGGAGACAGAGCUCUUCUGCUUCCAUUGCGCAGGGGAGUGGACAUGGGGGUUUCAAUAAUUGUGGGAAGGAGAACAGCACUUUGGUGAGGAAUCAGAGGAACUCGGAGGAGGAGAGGGGGAGGGAGGCCAGGACUAAUGGGGAGGAGGCGGGGGAGAAGCACGAGAAGAAGUGCGCGAGGGUGGUGAAGAAUCUCAAUGAGUUCCUGAAUUUUACGAGUUUGAAUAGGAGCAAGGUGACGCCUGCGGGGGAGGAGAGGGAGUUGAGGAGGGCAGCUAGUGAGAGUGGGGUGGUCAGGGUUAUCAGGGAUGAUAAUGGAUCGCCGGAUGAUGCCACUGAUCAGGAUUUCUUUCCUAUGACCACGUCCAUGACGAGGGAACGGAGGCUCGAGUUGGAGUCGCUCGAUCGACAGGUGUUUGGACCCUCGUCUUCUGGGAAUCAGGGGGGGAUGAAGGGGGAGGGCGGGGAGGCGGAGGUCGGGGGGAGCCCGGCAGCUGAUGUUUUUAUAUGGGAAAAUCCGCUCCAUUUGCUCGGGGAGAAGAAGAUCCUGGGGAGUGCCACGACUCCUGAUGAGGCCACGGAGUUGGAGUUUGAUGGGGAGAUCUUUGCGGAUCAGAAUGGCGUGAAGUCGGUGACGCCUAUUAGGUUACUUAAACGCACUGCCAGAUCUAUCUCAGCUUCCGACAGCGAGGGCGACAGUUGGCGCCAGAGUACAACUGAGUUCUCAGCUGUCAACCCCUCGGGCCAAGUGAUUCAGGAGCAAUGUGAGGAAGCCAAAGAAUUGACAGCAUUAAUUCCAGCUGGCACAAAUGACGAUCAUUUCGUCCCUGGGGAUGCCUCAGCCCUCCCGCCCCCCUCGGAAUUCGGCGGUGGAAAUCCAUUCCUCAUGUUUCUGUGCAUCACUCUACUCCUCCAACAUCGGGAUUACAUUAUGAGAAACCAAAUGGACUACAACGAAAUGGCGAUGCACUUCGACAAGAUGGUGCGGCGUCACAAUGUCGUUCGAGUGCUCAAUCAAGCGAGGCAGCUGUUCGCUGGAUACCUGAGGAGGUACUCAGCCCCUGGACGACCAGACUACGUCAGUGUCUAGGGGCAGUUUGCCCAGAGUGCUCCAUAACUCGAGUACUUAAUUGACUAAUUAACGAAUUAAGUGAUAACGAUCAAGGGGAGAUAGCACUCAAAUUUUUAAAUCGUAGUUUUAAUUUGAAAGGAAAAGAAAAAAUUUGUUUUGAUUUUUUUAUCGAUCAGAAAGAGGCUGUGGAGAAGUAAAAUCUUGAAGUGUCUAUAACUCACAUUUUGGUUCACACGUACAUAAUAUGGACGCAAAUUUAACUAAAUGAGAUUUUCUGGAAAUUUAUGUUUUUGGGGUUUUUGGUAUUUUUUUUCUCAAAAUUGGCGCAAGUGAUAAAUCUUAAAAAUUAGUAAUAUUCAACUACAUGAUAAAUCAUUGAAGAAAAAAUUCCAAAACCCCAAAAAAUUUUCUAAAAUCCUCAUUUAGUUGUAUUUAGGCAUAUAUUCUGUAAGUAUAAACCAAAACUCAGGUCAAUCACCCGAGAAUUGCGUCAUGAGGACACUUUUGAAGAUUCCAUCAAUGAACAAAAUCAAACUCCUAUUUUUUCUGAUUUUUUAUAUUAAGGAUA